CUCUCUCCCGCUUCUCCCCCAAACCUCACUCUCCUCUCUCCCUCUCCCUCCAUCUCUCACUUUCAAUUCUCUCAUCAUCCAAACAGAACACAAGAAAUCAUCCGAUAUUCCUACCAAAACCCACAUAGGAAAUACAUCGUUAAACAAAAAACAAUUGUCCUGGUCGGAAGUUGAUCCUGGUCUCUUGAACGGAGCAAGAAGCAGAGGAAGGAAGCAACUUCAAUGGCUGCUACAGCUCCGACUAGCAGCACAUGGGUCAUCAGCAAAUCAAGAUUCCUCGGUUCUCCGCCUCCAUCCCAGAGCUCGUUCUUGAAUUUGGGCUUCGGCCCUUCUCCCUCGAGGACCACCGACCGGCCCAGCUCCAGCUCUAUCUCCUGCUCCCUCCACUCGCCCUCCAUACUCAACUUCCCUUCAUCAACCUCCAUUGCCGCCCCCAAGGAGAGACCCGGUUCCGCUUCCUCCUCUUCCUCACAGCCUCAAAAUUGGAACUUGCUGCAGCGGACGGCCUCGCUGGCCCUCAACGCCGUGGAGGCGGCUCUCGUCGCCCACGAGCGCAAGCACCCGCUCCCCAAGACCGCUGACCCUCGCGUCCAGAUCGCCGGGAACUUCUCCCCAGUCCCCGAGCAGCCAGUGAAGCACUCCCUCCCCGUCACCGGGAGGAUCCCGGAGUGUAUCCAGGGCGUCUACGUCCGGAACGGGGCCAACCCACUCCACGAGCCAGUCGCGGGCCACCAUUUCUUCGACGGGGAUGGGAUGAUCCAUGCGGUCCGGUUCUCGGGUGGUUCCGCCAGCUACGCCUGCCGGUUCACCGAGACUCACCGGCUCGUCCAGGAGCAGUCUGUGGGGCGGCCUGUGUUCCCGAAGGCGAUUGGCGAGCUCCACGGUCACUCGGGAAUUGCCCGGCUCCUCCUGUUCUAUGCCCGGGGGCUUUUUGGGCUCCUCGACCCGACAAAAGGGCUCGGCGUCGCGAAUGCUGGCCUUGUGUACUUCAACAAGCAUUUACUCGCCAUGUCUGAGGACGACCUGCCAUAUCACGUCCGAGUCAACCUGAACGGGGACCUCAAGACGGUCGGACGUUAUGACUUCGAUGGUCAGCUGAACUCGCCCAUGAUCGCACACCCCAAAGUUGAUCCGGUCUCCGGGGAGCUCUUUGCUCUCUCCUAUGACGUUGUGCAGAAACCGUACCUCAAGUACUUCAGAUUCUCCCCGGACGGGAAGAAGUCCCCUGACGUGGAUAUACCAUUGAAGGAACCCACCAUGAUGCACGAUUUUGCAAUCACUGAGAGGUUUGUGGUGAUCCCGGAUCAGCAAGUCGUGUUUAAGCUGCCCGAGAUGAUACGGGGCGGGUCCCCUGUGGUCUACGACAAGGAAAAGGUCUCGAGGUUCGGUGUCCUGGAAAAGAACGCGAAGGAUGCCUCAGGGAUUAAGUGGAUUCCAGCCCCUGAUUGUUUCUGCUUCCACUUGUGGAAUGCGUGGGAGGAGCCCGAGACCGAUGAGGUUGUGGUUAUCGGGUCAUGCAUGACUCCGCCUGACUCAAUCUUCAACGAGAGCGACGAGAGCCUAGAAAGCGUCCUGUCGGAGAUCAGGCUGAAUCUCAAGACGGGAAAAUCAACCCGCAGGCCCAUUAUCCCCGAGACAGAGCAAGUGAACCUGGAGGCAGGGAUGGUGAACCGGAACCAGCUUGGGAGAAAGACCCGAUUUGCUUACUUAGCCCUCGCAGAACCGUGGCCUAAAGUCUCAGGAUUUGCUAAGGUAGACCUGUCGACCGGAGAGAUAAGGAAGUACAUCUACGGCGAGGAGAAGUACGGUGGGGAGCCUCUGUUUCUUCCAAGAGGCCCCGACUCGGAGAGAGAAGACGAUGGGUACAUACUAGUCUUCGUGCACGACGAGAAGGAGUGGCAGUCGGAGCUCCAGAUUGUGAACGCAGUGACCCUACAGCUUGAGGCUUCAAUCAAGCUUCCCUCUCGGGUCCCCUACGGUUUUCACGGGACGUUCAUAAGCUCCAACGACUUGGUCGGGCAGGCCUAGCAUGGUCUGUCGGGUUGAGAGACUGCCUGGUCUCUACUUUUAAACUACGUAUAGGUUUAAUGGGUUCGGGAAUUACCAGAGGGAUGAUUACGGAUACGUCCCCGGAGUUCCCUCCCAGAGGAUGAAUUGGUAACACCACUUUUUGUGGGGCUGUUACUCAAGUUGGUCCUUAUUGAACUUUGUUUUUUUUUGUUAGUUUUAAGGUUUGGAAGUAGGGAGUUUUUGAGGAAGCAGCUUGUAGCUUUUGGGUGUAUGUAUAAUUGAAGCUCAGCUGCUUUCCUCCUUGUUCUCUCACCUCUGGUGUAUACCAAACAAAAAAUUUCUACAGUAAUGAACAUCAGUUUCCAUCUCCUA